AUGCUGAUGAACAAGGCCCGCGCGGCGAAGGCGACGAAGGCGCCUGAGAAGCCGAAGCCCGCGGAAAACGAGAUCCCCGAGGUGUCCGACUUCCUUAAAGACCGCGACUACGCCGGAGCCAUCGCGCUGCUCGAGUUCAAGCGUCAGCAGAGCCCGAGCGACGUCAGCAACCUGGAGUGGCUCGCGUACGCUUACUUUCAUGCGGGCGACCCCGAGAAAGCGCUGGACACGUAUCGGUACCUCCUCAGACGCGAGAGCGACCCGGACCCGACGUACCACACCUUCGCGGCCGCGUGUUUGUUUUACCUCGGCCAGUACGACGAAGCCGAGGAGGAAGCGAAGAAAGGCCCGAAGACGAAGCUUCACACCCGGGUGCUGUUCCACUGCGCGCACAAGCAGAACGACGAAGCGAAGCUGAUGACGUACCACCAACAGCUCACGGACUCCGUGGAGGACCAGCUGUCGCUCGCGUCGAUUCAUUACCUCCGCUCACACUUUCAAGAGGCGACGGAUAUUUAUAAGCGCCUGCUGCUAGAGAACCGAGAGCAUCUCGCGCUGAACGUGUACGUCGCGCUGUGCUACUGCAAGCUCGAGUACUACGACGUCAGCUUGGAAAUUUUGAACGUGUACCUGCAGAGCUACCCGGAUUCCCCGCUCGCAAUCAAUCUGAAGGCGUGCAACCACUUUCGGUUGUACAACGGCGCCGCCGCGGAGGCAGAGCUGAAGAAGCUGCAAGACCACGUCGGUAAGGGAGGCUCGUUCGAGGACAACGACCUGAUCCGGCACAACCUCGUCGUGUUCAGAGGCGGCGAGAACGCGAUGAAGGUCUUACCCCCGCUUCGUGGCUUCCCCCCCGAGGCGAAGCUCAACUUGGUCGUGCAUUAUUUAAGAAACGGGAAGCCGCACGACGCGUUUACCAUCGUGAAGGAGAUCGAACCUUCGACGCCUACGGAAUACAUCUUGAAAGGGGUGACGCACGCGAUCAUCGGGCAGCAAGAGCAGGACGGAGCCGAGCAUUUGAAGAUGGCACAACAGUGUUUCCAGAUCGUAGGCUCGAGCAGCAGCGAGUGCGAUACGAUACCGGGACGGCAGUCUAUGGCGAGCUGCUUCUUUUUACUGAAGCAGUUCGAGGACGUCCUGACUUACCUAAAGUCAGUCGCGGACUUCUGCGGGGAGGACGACGCUUUCCACUGGAACUACGGCAUAGCCACCGCGGCGACAGGGGAUUACAAGACGGCGGAGGAGUCGUUCAUGAAAAUUCAAAGCCCGGAGUAUCGAACGGAGUACUGUUACCUCGCGUGGAUGGCGCGGUGUUUCAUCAACAACGGCAAGGCGUCGUUGGCAUGGGAGCUGUACGCGGAGAUGGACACGAACGACGAGUCCUUCGCGUUGCUUCAACUCAUAGCGAACGACUGUUACAAAGUAGGCGCGUUCUUCUACGCCACGAAGGCGUUCGACGUGCUCGAGAGGUUGGACCCGCACACGACGGAGUAUUGGGAAGGGAAGAGGGGCGCGGCCGCGGGUGUUUUUCAGAUGGUGAUUGCGGGCAAGGAAGCCCCGGAGACUUUGAGCGAGGUGCUCGACAUGCUUCAGUAUUCAUCGAACCCGCAGGUGGAGCUUUUCGUUCGCGCGAUCACGAGGUGGGGAAACGACAACGGGGUGCGAUUAUAG